AUGGCGGGCAGCAAGGGUUCUUCCCGCGGCGCCGGGGACGGCAGCGGGCCUUUACCACCCAGGCACAGGCUCAGUAUUUCAGAGGAAUAUGGCCUCGUGUUCACCAUCCAUUUGGGGGUUCAGAAGGUGGUGGUGCUGACUGGCUACGAGGCAGCAAAGGAUGCCCUUCGGAACAUGGGGAAUGUGUUUGAGGACCGUCCCUCCAUAGGUGUGUUCUUCUCUUCUCAAGAGCUCUGGAAGACGACGCGGUUGUUCACCGUAGCCACCAUGCGGGAUCUCAGCACAGGGAAGCAUCUUGGAGAAGAAAGGAUGCUUGAGGAGCUUCACUUUCUCACAUUGAUCAAAUCCUCCAAAGGUGGACCCUUUCGAUUAUGAUUUUUGAAUAUGGCUUCCACCAACUUCACCUUUGCUAUUCUCUUUGGGACAAGGUUUGAUUAUGAAGACCCAACGUUUCUCACUCUGUUAAGACUCAUAGAUGAAGUUACGCACCUUCUUGCCUCUCCGUUCUUGCGUUUAUUUAAUUUUUACCCAUUCCUUGGAUCUGGGUGGGGAGGGGGCAAAAUCUCUAGCUGA